UCGUCAUGUGACGGUCCCGUGACUCCAUGCGGAAGAGGGGAUUUCAACAGUGAUAACCACAACACAGACAGGGCUAAUCGCUGACAUAAACUCACCCUGGUUUUUAUAUUCGUGUCUUCAUCCAGCCCACUAUCAGCCCAGCAAUGGACGGAUCUUCAGACGCCGCCGCGGGACCGCCGCCGUACUUAAGAGGAAACGAAAACUCGAUGGUUUCCGCCCUCAAGACACUGCUGUUCUUCACCAUCAUGAUGGUCACGUUACCCAUCGGACUGUACUUCGCGUCAAAGGCCUACAUCUUUGAGGGUUCCAUGAAGAUGUCGAGCUCCGACAGCUACUUCUAUGCAGCCAUUGUCGCUGUGCUCGCCGUGCAUGUCGUUCUGGCUUUGUUUGUUUACGUGGCCUGGAACGAAGGCACACCUAAAGGGAAGGGCAAACACGAUUAAGGCACGUCCUUAUGAGCCGGAGGAGACGGAUAGACGUGGAAAUUCAGAGCCCGGCCCCCCCUCCAGCACCAUGGGCUCCAGCAGUAAACAUGACGACAUCUACCAAGCUGACAGUUCUGGGAUCUGGUUUGAUCUUAGGCUUUAACCCCAAGGUUAAUCUGCUGUGUAUUCCCUGGCAUGGGGGAGUGAAGGCAGUCGGUGUGUGUGUAGUCUUUGUUUUGUUUUUAUUUUCCCACCAGCCUCAGCAGGCCUGCUUUUUGACUUUUUUUGUUUCAUGAAAAUGUUACUUUUGUUGAAAGAGGGCAGCCCAUAAUUUUUAAAGAGGUUUUCUUAUAAGCUGCCAUUUGGCUUAGUGCUGUAAAGAGUUUGGCACGUAGGGAAACAUCUUGGGAUUUUGAUGAUGCACGCACACACACACACACACACACACACACACACACACACACACACACACACACACACACACACACACACACACACACACACACACACACACAGAGUAUGUACUUGUAAUGUGUAUGUUUGAGGGAUUUGUUUCCAAAAUACUCCACCCCAUCCAUUCUGUGAGAAUCUGUGCUACUGAAUAAAUCAUUCUGUCCUCGAAUUUCAGUUCUGAUCUGCAUCCAUUUAAAGAUGAUUCUUAUCCCAAUAUAAACCCAUAAUGUGCUUAACUUGAAUGCCGUAUUUUGGAACAAACUCCUCAUGACGUCUUGUCCUUAAAAUAAUCUGAUUCAUCCGUUUGUCCUUGUAAAAGUUUUUUUUUCUUCCGCUUUUAAUGUUUGUACUGUGGUGAAAUUUUAUUUUGGAACUUUUGAAAUAGGGAAUUGAUGCAAGAUCGAACUGUAUUUAAAUGAAUGUUUUGAAUUGAAGGUGUGUAAUGAGCUUGAUGAUGUAAAUGUCAAUGAAGUCAGUGUGAUUCAGAUGAAGAUUUGCUCAAAUAAACUUGAAAAACAAA